AGGUCCCAGACUGCUGUGCGGCUAAAUACGACUCCAUCUCCCCCGACCCAAGCGCUUAAUGGCCGCUGGCAAUCUUGGGGGAGCCAGCUGUUGGACUAUGCGCCGCUGCCAGGAAACAGGCGCCAGAAGGUUCUCCGACAAGAUCCCGCCUUCCUAAGACGGUAAAGGCGUUCACAGGUCGGGAAGGGGCGGUGGGAGUAGUGGGACAGCGCUGAGCAUUGCUCGUGAACUGUGGGUCGGCCUGCGAAGAGGCCCAGUUUCGUGGCACCACUGUGGCGCCCGCGCUGGAAGGUGGUCUUGUGACAGAGCGAAAACUACAAUUCCCAGCAUUCCUGCGGUGCCAGAACUACCUUGCCCGAAAGCCUGUGCGAGAUUUACCCCGUCUUCCGCCUCCCGUCCGCCGGAAAACUCUGAGGCCAUGAAUAGUCGCCAGGCUUGGCGGCUCUUGCUCUCCCAAGGCAGAGGGGAUCGUUGGGUUUCAAGCCCCCGCGGGCAUUUCUCGCCGGCCCUGCGGAGAGGAAAUAACAGUACAACAGCUAAUGGCUCAUUUGGAUUCUAUCAGGAAAGACAUGGUCAUCCUAGAGAAAAGUGAAUUCGCAAAUCUGAGAGCAGAGAAUGAGAAAAUGAAAAUUGAAUUAGACCAAGUUAAGCAACAACUAAUGCAUGAAACCAGUCGAAUCAGAGCAGAUAAUAAACUGGAUAUCAACCUAGAAAGGAGCAGAGUAACAGAUAUGUUUACAGAUCAAGAAAAGCAACUUAUGGAAACAACUACAGAAUUUACAAAAAAGGAUACUCAAACCAAAAGUAUUAUUUCAGAGACCAGUAAUAAAAUUGACGCUGAAAUUGCUUCCUUGAAAACACUGAUGGAGUCUAACAAACUUGAGACAAUUCGUUAUCUUGCAGCUUCGGUGUUUACUUGCCUGGCAAUAGCAUUGGGAUUUUAUAGAUUCUGGAAGUAGUAGUAAUGCUCAUACUGCCAUGGCUGUUGGCUUCUUAGAACACCAAACCAGGAGAGAUUUACUUUGAACAUUGUCAGUUGCAGCAAAAAUUUACUACACAAGAUUAUUCAAAGUAUAUAUGGACUAAAAGAGGAAUAUUUUAGAAAGAGAUAUUUUGUCUUUAUUGUGUGUGUCUUUAGUAUAUUGAAAAGCUGUCAUUCAGACCUGGUUUGAGAUGGAAGAGCAUUUCGUCCUUUUUGAUAGUUAAUAGAAAUCGAACCAGAGUUUUCUUGUGUUUGCUUGAACAAUUGUGUAAAUCAUACAGGAUUUUGUUGGUAUUGGUUGAAUAUUUGAAAACUAUUCCCUAGCCUACAUAUUUAUUACUGAAUUAACUUUCCUGAUAACCAUUGCAUAAUUACAUUUUUUUUUAUAAAAUAAAAGACUAUUACAACAAA